AUGGUGAUGCUGGUGGCGAUCGCGCUCGCAUGGCUGGGAUGCUCGCUGCUGCGGCCGGUAGAUGCCAUGCGCGCAGACUAUCUGGCCCAGCUGCGGCAGGAGACGGUGGACAUGUUCUAUCACGGAUAUAGCAACUACAUGGAGCAUGCGUUUCCCGAAGACGAGCUGCGUCCCAUAUCGUGCACUCCCCUGACGCGAGAUCGAGACAAUCCGGGGCGCAUCAGCCUCAACGAUGCCCUCGGCAACUACUCUCUGACCCUCAUAGACAGCCUGUCUACCCUUGCCAUCCUGGCCGGCGGCCCGCAGAACGGCCCUUACACGGGACCGCAGGCUCUGAGCGACUUCCAGGAUGGCGUGGCCGAGUUUGUGCGACACUACGGAGACGGGCGAUCGGGGCCCUCCGGCGCUGGGAUACGUGCCAGAGGCUUUGAUCUCGACAGCAAAGUUCAGGUCUUUGAGACCGUCAUCCGGGGCGUGGGCGGUCUCCUUAGCGCGCACCUGUUCGCCAUUGGGGAGCUGCCGAUUACCGGAUACGUGCCCAGGCCGGAGGGAGUCGCAGGCGAUGAUCCUCUGGAGCUGGCCCCUAUUCCGUGGCCCAAUGGGUUCAGGUACGAUGGCCAGCUGCUGAGGCUCGCGCUCGACCUCUCCGAGAGGCUGCUUCCCGCCUUCUACACGCCGACGGGCAUUCCGUAUCCUCGUGUCAAUCUCCGCAGCGGCAUCCCCUUUUACGUCAACUCGCCUCUCCACCAAAACCUGGGCGAGGCAGUGGAGGAGCAGAGUGGCCGUCCUGAAAUUACCGAGACCUGCAGCGCCGGGGCGGGAAGCCUGGUUCUCGAAUUUACCGUCUUGAGCAGGCUCACGGGAGACGCCAGGUUUGAACAAGCCGCCAAGCGAGCAUUCUGGGAGGUCUGGCAUCGCAGGAGCGAAAUUGGCUUGAUCGGGAACGGCAUCGACGCCGAGCGCGGGCUGUGGAUCGGCCCUCACGCGGGCAUUGGCGCGGGCAUGGACAGCUUCUUUGAAUAUGCGCUCAAGAGCCAUAUCCUCCUCUCGGGCCUCGGUAUGCCCAACGCCUCCACGUCGCGCCGACAGAGCACAACCAGCUGGCUGGAUCCAAACUCCCUGCACCCGCCGCUGCCACCAGAGAUGCACACGUCAGAUGCCUUCCUCCAGGCAUGGCAUCAGGCGCACGCCUCGGUCAAGCGGUACCUGUACACCGACCGGAGCCACUUCCCUUAUUACUCCAACAACCACCGUGCCACGGGCCAGCCCUAUGCCAUGUGGAUCGACAGCCUGGGCGCCUUCUAUCCGGGGCUCCUCGCCCUGGCCGGUGAGGUGGAAGAGGCCAUUGAGGCGAACCUCGUCUACACAGCCUUGUGGACGCGGUACUCUGCGCUGCCCGAACGCUGGUCCGUCCGCGAAGGCAACGUCGAGGCAGGCAUCGGCUGGUGGCCCGGGAGGCCCGAGUUCAUCGAGUCGACGUACCACAUCUACCGUGCAACCCGCGACCCGUGGUAUCUGCACGUUGGCGAGAUGGUCCUCCGCGACAUUCGGCGUCGGUGCUAUGCGGAGUGCGGCUGGGCCGGGCUUCAGGACGUGCAGACGGGCGAGAAGCAGGACCGCAUGGAGAGCUUCUUCUUGGGAGAGACGGCAAAAUACAUGUACCUGCUGUUCGACCCAGACCAUCCACUCAACAAGCUGGAUGCCGCCUACGUCUUCACCACAGAAGGCCAUCCGCUUAUCAUACCAAAGAGCAAAAGGGGUAGCGGCUCUCACAACAGACAGGACCGCGCUCGCAAAGCCAAGAAGAGCCGAGACGUCGCAGUCUACACCUACUACGAUGAAAGCUUCACAAACUCUUGUCCGGCCCCUCGGCCGCCUUCAGAGCAUCACCUGAUAGGCUCGGCCACGGCGGCCAGGCCAGACUUGUUCUCCGUCUCUCGCUUCACAGACCUGUACAGAACGCCCAACGUACACGGGCCCCUGGAGAAGGUGGAGAUGCGAGACAAGAAGAAGGGCCGGGUGGUUCGAUACAGGGCCACCUCAAACCACACCAUCUUCCCCUGGACUCUUCCCCCAGCCAUGCUGCCGGAGAAUGGCACCUGCGCUGCUCCCCCGGAACGCAUCAUAUCCUUGAUUGAGUUCCCGGCCAACGACAUCACCAGUGGAAUCACGUCGCGGUUCGGCAACCAUCUAUCGUGGCAGACGCAUCUGGGGCCAACGGUCAACAUUCUAGAGGGACUGAGGCUCCAGCUCGAGCAGGUGUCGGACCCUGCCACGGGAGAAGACAAGUGGAGGAUCACACACAUUGGCAACACGCAGCUGGGGCGCCACGAGACAGUCUUCUUCCACGCGGAACACGUAAGGCAUCUCAAGGACGAGGUGUUUUCCUGCCGCAGAAGGAGGGACGCCGUGGAAAUCGAGCUCCUGGUCGACAAGCCGAGCGAUACCAACAACAACAACACGCUUGCCUCGUCCGAUGACGAUGUAGUGGUAGAUGCAAAAGCAGAAGAGCAAGACGGCAUGCUAGCCGACGACGACGGCGACACACUCAACGCAGAAACACUCUCCUCCAACUCCCUCUUCCAGUCCCUCCUCCGCGCCGUCUCCUCCGUCUUCGAGCCCGUCUACACCGCCAUCCCCGAGUCCGACCCCAGCGCCGGCACCGCCAAGGUCUACAGUUUCGACGCCUACACGUCCACCGGCCCCGGCGCGUACCCCAUGCCGUCCAUCUCGGACACGCCCAUCCCCGGCAACCCCUUUUACAACUUCCGCAACCCGGCCUCCAACUUCCCCUGGUCGACCGUCUUCCUCGCCGGCCAGGCCUGCGAGGGCCCGCUCCCCGCGUCCGCGCCGCGCGAGCACCAGGUCAUUGUCAUGCUCCGCGGCGGCUGCUCCUUCAGCCGCAAGCUGGACAACAUCCCCAGCUUCUCGCCCCACGACAGGGCGCUGCAGCUCGUCGUUGUCCUCGACGAACCGCCGCCGCCGCCGCCGCCGCCGCCAGCCAACGACAGGCGCGACGUGACGCGGCCACUGCUCGACACGGAGCAGACCACGCCCAAGGGCAUGAAGCGCCUGCACGGCAUCCCAAUGGUCCUCGUCCGAGCCGCGCGGGGCGACUACGAGCUUUUCGGGCAUGCCAUUGGCGUGGGCAUGAGGCGCAAGUAUCGGGUUGAAAGCCAGGGGCUUGUCGUGGAGAAUGCGGUUGUGCUGUGA